GAGACUGUCACAUGGAAGAGUUGACUACAUCUAGCUUUGUUUACCCCAUGCUCUACCAAAUUCCCAGGAAGCCCCGUGCCGUGAACCUGUGUUCCUGCUGCUUUGUUUGAUACGGUGAUACCCAAGCUUCUUUUGAGUUUCGAUCCUCCAUCCCAGUCCAAUUUUCUUUCUUCUGAUACCCCUUCGAUUCUCGAGCUCUCUGUUUUCUUAUUGAGCACCAGCCCCGUGGAAGAGCGAGCUAGUGGAAGCGACACCCACCAUGGCGGAUGCGGAACCAUCGUACAUAGAUUAUGAGGCCUUUCUAGACCCCGACUUUUCACCCGCCUCGUUCGCCAACUCCCUUGUUGUAGCCACCAACAAUGCGACAGACACACCGCUGGAUCUGUCUACCCCGCUUUCGCGGGUCCUCUUCGAUCUCCAAGAGAUAGACACCCACAUCCAUGCGCUGACCACCAAAUCAGCCCUCCCCUUGCUGACGCACACGCGCGACCAGACCGAUGCAGCCAGUCAUAUCCUCAAGGAGGCCGAGGACCAGAUCGCCUCCGUCACGCAGGGGUAUGAGCGCCUCGAAAAAGAGGUCUUCAGCAAGUGGGAGGCCGCUGACGAGGCUCGAGUGGCGGCCGAGAAGUCCCUGGCCACCGUGCGACUCGCACGAGCCGUGGCGCGCUGCCUGUCUCUCGGCAGACAGCUGGAAAGUCAGCUCGCAGAGAUAGGUGGCAUCGAAGGGACGACGUCACCCGUCACCGGCCGGGAUGAUUACCGCACGCUGGAGCGCGCCGCCUCCACCAUUGUCAGUCUACGGCGUAUGCUCUCCGAGACCGGCCCGGGCGAGGAAGGCUACGGACUUGACCGUGUCAAGGUGGUCCGGACGCUGAGAGCGGAGCUCGUCCUGCCGGCCGAAAACAUGGUCAAGGCACGGGCGCAGCAGGCCAUCACGCGAUUCUCCAUGUCGAACAUCUCCGGCGGCGCGAGCUCCCAGACGCAGUCCGGCUACAGGCAAGCGCGCGAUGCGAGGGCCCGGCUGGUGUCCGCCGUCAACAUCCUGUAUCUACUGUCGCCGGUGCCCAAGACGUUGAGCUCCGCGGCGGACUUCGUCCCCGAGCUUCUCCUCUCUACGCUGCAGGGGUACAUGCACACGGCCAUUUCCACCUCCUUGAGCAACCUCACGCGGUCAUUGUCGAUGCUGCCGACCCUCGAGCGGACUCUUGCCGACCUGUCUGCGCGAUGCCAGGAUAUCUUCGCGCUGGAGGCCGUGCUCAACCAUCUUCGCCCACCACCACACCCACUAUUCCCUGCAGCCCAGCCGGUGGCUACGCCCACCAACCGCGACGGAGAUCAGAGUGAAGCACCGCCCCAGACCAGCAGCAGCAGCAAGAACAACCUGCUCCAGCCACUGCUCAGUUCUCUCGACACUUCCUCCCUUCCCUCAUAUUUCUGGCGAUCCCUGGCGUCGUAUCUCACGGCUCGGGUCCAGGAGAUCGUCAACCGCGGAGGCGUGUCGGCUCGGACCUUGCGCUCAAAUCGCGAUCGCAUCAAAAAGGAAGUCAAGGAAUGUGUCCUGCGGGGCUCCCAGCUGCCUACCUCUGUGUUGGGGACCGAAAAGCGAUUAGGAGGCGAGCCGGCGACGGGGAGGAACUGGGAACGGGAGGCAGCGGUUAUGGUCAGUUCGAUUGCCAGUGUCUUAGAUAAAUGAAGCAAGAUAGACAGUG